UCUCGCACCGGUGGAAGGGAACCAUGGCUGAAUUACCUGAGGCUCAGUACAAGCAAAAACAAAACACAUACAUAUAGAUGACGUGGACAGUUUUAUUCAGUUCAUCAUUUAUACAUAAACAUUUAAACACGUCUGACCUUUUGUUUCCUUGAAUCAUAUAGUUGCGUCGAAUUCAUUUUAGAGGUCGUCUUGCCUGGUUUGUUGUUCAGUGAUGGAGCACAUCAGAAUGCCUAAGGUAGAGAAUGUCCGUCUGAUUGACAGAGUCUCCUCCAGGAAGGCCUAUGUGGGCACAUUGUACUUGACUGCAACCCACACCAUCUUUGUCGAGAGUGUGUCUGAGAUCCGCAAAGAAACCUGGGUGCUGCACAGCCUCGUGUGCGGUGUUGAGAAGCAGUCCACGACAGCCACGGGCUGCCCCCUGCUAAUCCGCUGCAAGAACUUUCAAGUCAUCAGGUUCGUCAUCCCUCAGGAGAGGGACUGCCACGACGUGCACGUGUCACUCCUACGCCUCUCAAGGCCCGAGAGAUAUGAGGAACUGUACUGCUUCUCCUUUAACUCCAAGGUGGACAAGGAGGAGAGAGAGCAAAACUGGAACCUUAUAGACCUCAAGGCUGAAUACAGUCGCAUGGGGGUUCCCAAUAACUUCUGGCAUAUCACCCCUGCUAACCUAGAGUAUAGGGUAUGCGAGACGUAUCCCUCUGAUCUCUAUGUACCAGCAUCAGCCACUCCCCCCAUCAUUGUUGGGAGCUCCAAGUUCAGAAGCAGAGGGCGUUUUCCCACGUUAUCAUACUACUGUCAAGAUAACCAUGCUGCUAUCUGCCGCAGCAGCCAGCCGCUGUCGGGCUUCAGUGCGCGGUGCCUGGAGGACGAGCGGAUGCUGGAGGCCAUCAUGAAGUCGAACCCAGGCAGCAAGUUCAUGUACGUGGUGGACACUAGACCCAAGCUGAAUGCGAUGGCCAAUCGGGCUGCAGGAAAAGGCUAUGAAAAUGAAGAUAAUUACUCCAACAUCAAAUUUCAGUUCAUUGGCAUUGAGAACAUCCAUGUGAUGAGAAGCAGCCUGCAGAAAAUGCUAGAAGUGUGCGAGGUCAAGUCUCCCUCCAUGGGAGACUUCCUCUGGGGACUGGAGAAUUCUGGCUGGCUCAGACACAUCAAAGCUGUCCUGGAUGCUGGCAUCUUUAUAGCCAAGGCGGUGGCAGAGGAGGGGGUCAGUGUCCUGGUCCACUGCUCAGAUGGCUGGGAUCGUACUGCUCAGGUGUGCUCUGUGGCCAGUGUGCUCUUGGACCCCUACUACAGGACUCUAAAAGGCCUCAUGGUACUCAUUGAAAGGGACUGGAUAUCAUUUGGACACAAGUUUUCCCACCGAUAUAGCCAUUUGGAUGGAGACCCUAAGGAGGUGUCCCCUGUAAUUGACCAGUUCAUUGAAUGCGUGUGGCAGCUAACAGAGCAAUUCCCCUGUGCCUUUGAGUACAACGAGAGGUUCCUCAUCCAGAUCCACAAUCACGUGUACUCCUGUCAGUAUGGCAACUUCCUGUGUAACAGCGAACGAGAGAGGCGAGACCUAAGACUUCAAGAGAGGACUCAUUCUCUUUGGGCGUACUUAUGGAAGAACAAGGCUGACUACAUGAAUCCCCUGUACAGACCAGACCAUAGCCAGACUCAGGGAUGUCUGCAGCCAGUUACUACCCCCUACUGUUUUAAGUUCUGGAGGAGCAUGUAUAAUCGCUUUGAGAAGGGCCUGCACCCGCGCCAGUCUGCACUGGACUACCUGAUGGCUGUGAGGGAGGAGUCGCAGCAGCUGGAGGAGGAGCUGACUGUACACCAGGAGAGGAUAGAAAAGCUCGAAAAGGAACAGGGGAAGAAGAUCCUCAUAAAGACUGACACAGAGGAGAAGAACAAGCAUGUUUGGGCUCCCUUGUCAGACACCCUGGCCAACACCCCUCAGGACUACACUGGCAGUAUAGGUAGCUUCCCUACUGGCAGUCUCAGCCAGCAGGGGGAGUCAGAAAACCCACUGCUGAUCCUGCCCCGAGACAUGCUUAAAAGCUCCGACCCAGACCUUUCCACCAACAGUGACCAGGAAUCAGGAGUAGCUGACCUGAGCUGCCGCUCACCCAGUGGUGGAGACUCCCUGCCAAGUGAGGACAGUGCCAAGGACCCUGACUCAGACGAGGCUGCCUAUUCAGCUGCCUGAACACAAAUGGAAUGCUUACAAUCAAGAGAAAAAGGCAAUGUAUCAGGGUAGGCUUUGCAAAUGAGAGACUUUACAAAAAGAAUUCAGUGUAGACUUUUUUAAAAUAUUGGUCCAGUCUGACUUGAAUUCAGAAAAACGGAUGGAAGCUGUGUGUAAAGUUGUUCUUUUUAUGUAAAAUGUAGUGUAUUGCAACCUUUCAUCCUCAUCUUGGGAAUUUUAUGUGUAUGUGAUUUGUCUUCCAUACUUGGAAAAUGUGAACAUUACAGACCCAGUGUGAAUUUGUACUCUGGAAACAUUUACACUGGAAUUUUGGGUGCAAUAUUUUGAGAACAUGU